AUGGAGGAGACAGCUCGUAGAGCUCGGGCUGCAGCCCAAAUCUUGUCCGGCGCACCCGAGGCCACCCGGAAUCGGGCUUUGGAGGCCUUUAAGAAGCACCUCUUGGCGCAACGCGUCCAGAUCGAAGAGGCCAAUAGUCAGGACAAGGCCGAUGCUGAGGCAGCUGUAAAAGCUGGCAAGCUCUCCAACUCGCUGUUCAAGCGUUUGGACGUCAGUGGCAGCAAGUUUGACACGUUGCUCAAAGGUAUCGACGAGAUCAUCAACUUGCCGGACCCAAUUGGACAGGUCACCUAUGCCAAUCAAGUCUCCGAGGGCCUGGACCUCUACCGACUCACAUGCCCCAUCGGCGUGCUCCUGAUCAUCUUCGAAGCGCGCCCCGAUGCGGCUGUGCAGAUCGCAUCACUGGCCUUGAAGUCAGGCAACGCCUUGCUGCUGAAAGGCGGCAAAGAGGCCCAGCGUUCCAACGCGGCACUGGUGGCCGCGAUGGCGGCCGCGCUGAAGGAUGUGCAGCUGCCCACGGACUGUAUCCAAGGUGUUGACACCCGCACUGAAGUCUCAGAGCUUUUGAAGCAGGACAAGUACAUCGACUUGGUGAUCCCGCGUGGCUCCAACGAGCUCGUUCGCUCCAUCAAGGACGCCUCCCGCAUCCCGGUCCUGGGACAUGCCGAUGGCAUUUGCGCCGUCUAC